AUGCUGUCAAUGGCUACUGGAGAAAGGAGACGACACAAGUAUUUUUGCCACUGUUUCAUGAUCCUCACAUGGGACUUAAUGUGCAGGGCCAACAACACAGAGACAAUUCUUAUUGACCAGAUGCAAUGGCAUGGUGAUCACUUGGAGAUCAAAUUAAGUCCACAAAAGGAUACCAAUAAGGGAGAGAAAAAACGUCUUCCAAGACGUCUACGUGCCAAUCCGCAACAACCAGGAGCAUGUCCAAUAGUUGCCCUUGCACUUUACUUGGGUCUGGUGGCCAGGCGUUUGGAGAUGAAUUGGCUCUUGUUUUCCAGGGAAUUCCCAGCACAAACGUUUCAUGGAUGGGCUAAGCAAGAUCCUCACAGACCACAAGAAUGA